AUGUGUGGUUCUAACCGAGAAUCCGUAGUACUAGGGACAAAAUCUGGCGUGCCAUCGGGUUUAACAACACCGCCAUUCGAAUUCCCCCCCUACGGAUCCAACUUCGGGCAUACAACAGUGAACAAUAGAGGGAGUGUGCGCUAUGGAGAGAAGCUGUGGCGCCUGUGCCGUUCUCCGUUAUGUCGGGCCAGUAGAAGGUGUCUAGAGACAUUUAUCUUCCACAAAGACUGUUUCUGGUUCGCAAAGCUUAAAUCUCCAACGCUCACCCUCUCUUACAUCUUUGAAGUAGGAUUCUGGUCACGUCCAUACUCGUCACGUCCAUACUCAGGACUAUGCUAUCAAACUCGUCUGCCUUGGGUUUCCCCGGAGCUGGCUGCUUAUACGGAUACGGAUUACACAAGAGAUGUGCUUGACGGCAUAAUAACAACGGGCGAUAUUAUAAAGUUUCUUGAAAGCCUUCCAUCUGAGCUUUGCCAAUUGGUUAAAAGUUACUGCCCUGAAUCUCCGUUGUGGAGAUAUAGUGUUGCAGUUGCAUGGCCCCCAAAGACGUUUCUAAAACUAGGAGAGAGCAAUAUCGUAACUGUAUCCCUUAGGGACUUAGACGGAUGGGUUCGAGGGACUAUACUCCCAAACUCCGAGGAAGCUACAUUGUGUAGGCGUAUUCUAGCACGAAUAAGCCUAGACAAUGACGGUAUACGAAAAGUAGAAUUUCUUAAUGACUGGCCCGACGCUUCUUCGAGUUUUCUUCCCACUCUAGGCCAAUGGUAUAUCGUCGAGGAUUUUGAGGACACUAAAGUUGAAUUCCUAUCAAAGCUUAAGUUUUGUCAAGGGGGUUGUAACGUAUGGGAUACUCCUAACCCUCCACGCCCAGACCUCUACCGUUUUGUAGAUUGUCGUAAGUUAUGGCAUCCACGAAUCAGCCGUAUUCCAGUGGUUAGAGGCAUUACGGGCAUAACUGUAUUUUUGCAUAAUGGCUAUAUUUAUGGUCUUCAUGCGCACCGAGACGGCUCGUCAGUUGCAUUUGACUUUUCUAUACUCCGUCUUCGCUUCUCCAAUCCUAUUUGGUUGUACUUUCCACUCGUUUUAGAAGAAGAGAUUCAAGCAGUGUGGAUUUGCCACAGGGAAAGGGGAAAGAGCUACACAUUCACAGUCAAAACGUCCUAUGGCAGGACAUAUAAAUUCGGCAGCCAAACCGAUGAUCCUCACAGUACCAUCCAGUGUCUAGGCUAUGGCUCUAUAAAAUAUCUCUUGUAUAAUAAUCCUGAUCCAGGAGAAGCAAUAUGGGGUCUUGGCGUCAGCCAAAAUACAGAAGAGAAUCCUUUGCACGAACUAGAAUAUCCUACAGCUAUUGAGCACCCCUCUAAUAGUAAGGGCAUAUACUACUCUCGAGCGUCAUUAGAAGGCGUGUGUAAGGUUGAGUGUUUUCUCGAUGAUAACAACCCUGAUGGGGUUGUUCAAUCCUGUAUUGGUGUUCUACUUCACUAUUCUGAUAAUCGGAGAGAGGCACUAGGAGAAUGCCGUAUAGGGGUUUCCAAGACUAUUCAUAUCAAUGCACCAACAAUGCUACAUCUCAGGCCAGGUUCUAGCGAAGAGUUGCACUCUGGAGUCUGGUUUACGUCUUUGGCAAGCGAGGCACAGGACUUGGAAAGUCUUGGCUGGAAAGGGAGACAGAUGGGUGGGUUUAUAACUUGGUGUUUUGGAAACGAAGUGAUAGAAAUUGUUCAUGCCUAG